CUCCAAGUCACCAGGUCACACUCCAAGAUAAUCUCCUGGAAUCAGGGGUCUCAGAUGUGGAGGGAGGUGACAUCCCCUUCAGGAUGACGGACGCGUCUCAUGGGGCCACCUCACCAUCUGGUCAACCUCCUUCGACCGAGGCUCGGGCCACGGGUACCAUGGGACCCUGAGACCAGUCCCAUGGAGGACGUGAGCUGGCCAAGUGGGCAUUCGGGAGAACUGGGGACAGGGACAGGGUCUGGCUGGUGUCACCAGGGAAUUCCACGGGGAAGGGAUGAGUACAGGGCUGGGAUGGUGUCAGGAUGCGAUUAGUAGGACAGGAAUGCACAGGGUCUGGUUGGGGUCACCUUGGGAUUCUGUGGGACAGGUCAAGGACGGGCCAGGAGAAGGUCACUGUGGGAUUCUCUGGGACAGGUCAUGCAGGGGGGGUGCCUGGCUGCCCAUUCACCAUGCAGGAUGCACAGGUGGCCGCCCCUGGUGGACCUGUCUCAUCAUAGAGGUCAUCUGGGAGCAUGUCCACCCCACUCUCCUGGUAGCACCUUCAGGUCUUGGACUGUCCCUCAGUCUGUGCUUCUAGAAUAAUGAUCACCAUGUCCAGUGCCCAGCUGAGCCCUAGAUGUUUGUCCCUCGGUGUCUGCGCUGACCCACGCCUGCUGGACAUUCCUCCUGAACCUACAGGUGCUGCCCGUUGUCCCUCCAGGAUCCUGAAUCCUGCUCUCCAUGUCCUGGGACUAAGCACCUGGUGGGAUUUUCAUUCCAAAGGAUCGCUCACGAAAUGACCGGUAGCCCCGAGAAGAAAUGUCCCUGUCCUGGUCCCCAGAAUGGUGACCCUCUUGGCAACAGGAUCUCUGCAGCCAUGGUCAAGAAUUCCGAGAUGAGAAGGUCACUCUGGAGUCCUCCCAAAGGUGCCCCAUGUCAUCACCAGAAUCAACCAGAAUCGUCACUACAGAAGAGGAGGAGGACCCCGUGUGGACAGAGGCAGAGACUGGAGUGAGGGGCCACCAGCCCAGGGCCACCUGGAGCCCAGGAGCUGGACAGGCAGGAGGAGCUCCCUGGAGCCUGAUGCUUCUAGAAGCCACUUGGUGGCUGGGAACAAUCCUCAGUAGAGAUUCCCUCCUUUUGGGAUGGGAACUAGGUUCCUGCAUCCCAUCGUGGAAAUGCCCGAGAGGCGUCCACUAGGGCCCCAUGGACCUCCCGCGAGGCUGCACCCUGGUUAGAGGUCAGUGGCUGUGGCUCAGCUUCCCGUCUGUCCCCUUGAGUGACAGGUCCCAUGGAGGUCCCAACCUUGAGUCAGCUCUGCUCACAUCCAGCGCCCGGGCUCCAACCUGGUGCUGGGGACGUGCGUCUUGCACUAAUGGUUCAUAUUUGCUUUGUCCGCUCUGACCUGGAGGCAUGGGCGACACUCGGCCUCGAUGUCUGCAGGUGACCCGUGGGGAGGGCAGACCUCGCGGAAGUUCAUGCGUUGCAAAGCUCUGAAGAUGGGCAGGGUUGAGUCAGAGGACCCUGCCACCGAGACCUGUCCCAAGCCACAGGGAGCUGCCCUCCGACACGUGGCACCUUGCACAGGAAGCCCACCCCUGGGAAUGGUGCUCUCCAAGGUCACCCCAGUCUAUCCUCCUCUUCCUACCCGCUUGGACGGAAAAGAUGCAGAAGUGUUGCGCUCCAAGGUGCUGCGUGAGACGGUGUCACAGUGCCAUUAGGUCACGCAGAUCACCAAGAUGCUUGGGAUUCUGUCAUGAAGCCGGGAGACACAUGAGGUGCCCCUGGAUUCCCUGGGACAUUCACUGAAGAUGUCCACCUCCUCUCUGUGCUGGGCACAGCAGCGACCACCAUGGAGAGGACUUCACUGGAGUCGCCGGAGAGAGAACCAGAGAACAUUCUUCACCCGCUGCCCAGGAGGCCCACGUGGACAGUAACCAUCUGGAGACCCUUCACAGCAGAGCCCCGGGCUCAACAAUGAGUGUGACAUGGCCGUGGGACAGCAUCAAGAGAGGACACCAGGCACGGAGAAGCCUUAGGUAUGGGGUGACCAGCCCUCCCUCAUCCCAGCUGGACCCGCCAUGCGAUGGCACAGGUGAGACCCAAUGGGAUCAGUCCACAGGGACAUUGCUGGGACUCUAGCCACCCUUAUGUCCUGCCUCCUACACUCCUCCUGGGGACAGGUUUCCAAGUGGACACGGGAGAGAUGGCCCCGUUAGAUGACUCGGGCUUGUUCCAACAGAUUAGUGUCCAUGAUGGCAUGUACCAGUUUCCUGUGGUCCCCAUAAAUCAUGGCCACCAACCGAGUGGCUCAAAAUAGCAGAAUUUCAUCCUGCCCCAUCCUGGAGGGCAGAAGUGGAAAUCCAGAUGUCCCUGCAUGGGCUCCAGGGAGGCUCCUCCUGCCUGUCCAGCUCCUGGGCUCCAGGUGGCCCUGGGCUGGUGGCCCCUCACUGCAGUCUCUGCCUCCGUCUCCACGUGGCCCCUUCUCUGUGUCUGUGUCCCCUCCUCUGUCCCUUGGGAGGACACGGCCAUUGCAUGAGGGCCACCUGACCCAGGAGGAGCCUAUCUUAGGACCAUUCACUAAUGACCGCUGCAGAGACCGUGUUUCCACACAAGGUCCCACUCACAGAUUUUGGGGAUCUCCAUGCCGUGGCGCCAUAUUGGUUUAAUACUCUGCUGCUACCAUCUUGGAAUUCCUUAGCUCGAACUUGCCCUGCGGAGUCAGUAGCGGUCUCUGCUCAUGUCCCCGUCCUUCGUUAAGGAAAGGGAGCAAGCCUGCAGCUAGUAGGACAUGUUGGUCACCGUCAGCAUGUCCCUACGAAGCCGUUGGUGUGGUUAUGGCCAUCAUUACGUCUGAAGAUGUACCCCAACAUCGAUGGGUUUCGUCUGCUCCCUUGGGGAUCCUCUGAUGGUGACUGAUGUUCCUCAGCAGUCAGUGUUUGUUGAGAGCUUCCUCUGUGGUCCUCUAGUUUAGCUGACCACCACUGCCCGCUCCGUACAGCCGUGUCUGGCCCCUCUCAUUAGGAGCACUUCAAAAUCCAGGUCACUCAGAGGAUCUGCUGAGCCCUGGAGCCCAGACAAACGUGUUUCUGGACUAUAGUGGCUUCUAGAUUCUUCCAAGGUUGAGGCUCCAUCUUCCGUAUAACAUCUCUCAACAACCAGGACAGGGCACUGAAAUCGAGAACCCAGGAUUCUAGCAAGACGUGCAAUCUCUGCACAUUGGCACGUCCUUGGCUCCAGGUCACGGUGCCCACGUGCCGGUCGGUUUAACCAUCACAAAAGGCGUCCAGAUGCACAGUGUUGAUGGGGCAGCAGCUCGUCUCCCGGCUACACCCACGUUCCCGUUGCCCAGUGAAGACUGACCUUGGACAGAAGCGAUUCCCAGGCUGCGGAGAUGGACGCGGAGAACAACUUAAAUGUCCUUCGACUCUGAGGGAAAAGUCAUGGAUUGCUGGGUGAGUGGAGCCAGUUCCAGGGCGCGGCUGAUUCCUGGGGAUUGUGGGUUUCAGUCUCCAUCUGAUGUUAGAGGAGGAAGCAGGCUCGGCGCCCAGCAGGACUGACAUGUUGAUUUCCCCGAUUCCACAGGCCGACCCAGGAUCCUGUGGGCACGAGCAAAGUGGUCUUCCAUUAGUUUCUGGUAACAUCAGUGGGUUCUUUCAGGUCCAGCAAUGGAUGGACCAUCUCAUUCAUGUGCCCACCCAUCACCUAUCAAUGUGUGUAUCCGUUCAUCCAUCCCCACCCAUCUUUCCAUCCAUCUUUCCAUCUAUCUACCCAUCCACCCAUCCACCCACUCACCCAUCCAUGCACCCACCCAUCCACCCAUCCACCCAUCCAUCCAUCCACCCAUCCAUCCACCCAUCCAUCCAUUCAUCCACCCAUCCAUCCAUCCAUCCACCCAUCCAUCCAUCCAUCCAUUCAUCCACCCAUCCAUCCAUCCAUCCACCCAUCCAUCCAUCCAUCCAUCCACCCAUCCAUCCAUCCACCCAUCCACCCAUCCACCCAUCCAUCCAUCCAUCCACCCAUCCAUCCAUCCAUCCACCCAUCCAUCCAUCCACCCAUCCAUCCACCCACCCAUCCAUCCAUCCACCCAUCCACCCAUCCACCCGUCCAUCCACCCAUCCAUCCAUCCAUCCACCCAUCCAUCCAUCCAUCCACCCAUCCAUCCAUCCAUCCACCCACCCAUCCAUCCAUCCAUCCAUCCAUUCAUCCACCCAUCCAUCCACCAGUCCAUCCAUCCACCCACCCACCCAUCCAUCCAUCCAUCCACCCAUCCACCCAUCCAUCCAUCCAUCCACCCAUCCAUCCAUCCAUCCAUCCAUCCAUCCAUCCAUCCAUCCACCAGUCCAUCCAUCCACCCAUCCACCCACCCACCCAUCCAUCCAUCCACCCAUCCACCCAUCCACCCAUCCACCCAUCCAUCCAUCCAUCCACCCAUCCACCCAUCCACCCAUCCAUCCAUCCAUCCAUCCAUCCACCCAUCCACCCACCCACCCAUCCAUCCAUCCACCCACCCAUCCACCCAUCCAUCCAUCCAUCCACCCAUCCAUCCAUCCACCCAUCCACCAGUCCAUCCAUCCAUCCACACACCCAUCCAUCCACCCACCCAUCCAUCCACCCACCCAUCCACCCAUCCAUCCAUCCAUCCACCCAUCCAUCCAUCCACCCAUCCAUCCACCCACCCAUCCACCCAUCCAUCCAUCCAUCCACCCAUCCAUCCAUCCACCCAUCCAUCCAUCCACCCAUCCACCAGUCCAUCCAUCCACCCAUCCAUCCACCCAUCCACCCUCUCUGGACACCAGCUCCACGUGGAGGUCAUCGUUCUCACGGCCUCAUGGGGCGGACAUCUGCCAUCUUGGGUGUGAGGAAACGCAGCCCAUGAGGGGUGUGGCUCUUCCGAUGUCCUUCCAGGACGUGGCUGGGGCUCCUUCCUCCAGGGAGGGACCCCUGGGGCCAGGCUGGUGGAGUGUCCAAUUUUGCAUGAAUGGAGCAAAGAAGCCACCAGAUCCCUGUGUCCCAUUGGUCACCCAUCAAGUGACACUCCCAAAACAGACCCCGUGUGUCCCCAGGCUUUCUGGGAGGUCAGGAGGCCCGGAUUGCAAACUGGAGGCCAGCCUCAGCUCCAUAGGGAGGCCCUAUGGAGCAACUUCGCGAGACCCUGACUCAAAAUUUUUAAAAUAAAUAAAUAAAUAAGAAGGGCUGGGGAUGUGGCUCAGUGGUUAGGGAUCCUGGGUUCAAUUCUUGGUCCCCAAAAAUAAAUGAUGCUGCCUUACACCCCGGGGAGAAGUUGUCCCGUGUCGGGGAAUUUGCAGGCCUCUUUGCCUGCCCGCUGCAGAGAAGGGGUCACCUUCAUGAUAGUCGAUAAAGACUCCAAAGGUCAGAGUGUGCCACACCCCCAGUGCCUGUCCGUGAGACCACAGGUUCCUUGUGGGGCCACACACAUGUUCCCAUUCUCGGUGACCCUGCAGGUCCAACGGGAAGCUCCUGAGCGGCCAGGCCGACUGCCCACCAGGUGACUGGCCUCGUCAGGUACACAGGGGGACGCACGGAGGUCACAGGACCUCCUCGGCGUCUCCGUGCCCAGGGAUGUUGCUGUCCACCAGGGGACCUGGAGCCAAGCCCCCGUGGCUGCUGGGGACGAAUAAUCCCAGAUGCUUUCCUGCUAGGAAGCGGGACCUUCCCCUUUCCCUGGGGUGGCCUCACAGUCGCUCAGGUUGCAGACUUGAAUACAAAUGGCGUUUUCUUUCCAUUUGACCUUUGGCUUUCAAAGGCAGCUGCCUGCAGGACCUCACGCUGGGCUCUUGCAAAAGCCCCAAAGUCCCUGCAAAACCCAGCUCCCAGCUCUGAAGGAAGGAUCUUUGUCAAGAGCCACUUUCAAAAUGCAAAGCAACGGAUCCAGCCGCGUCCCAACAUUUUAUUUUUUCUGCCUGUUUUGGAAAUUCUUUCCGUGGGGGGAAAAGAGAAUAUUUCGUUUUCUCCAAGUGACGAAGGCAAUCAGUCCCUGAGAAUCUAAGCCCUCCCAGGAGACAACAGGAAUUGCCGGAGUCAGUCAUAAAACCAAAACCGUUGUGCAGGAUUAAAGGAGCCCCAGCCGUCGCCCAAGACACAGCGUUUCCUUUUGGCUGAGCCUGGGGCGCUGGGGACCGCGCUGCGUGACCGGGAUCCGUAACCAAACAGAGGCCAGGGCAGGCACGCGGGGGCCGGCUCUCCUGUCUGUGAGGGUUAUGGCAGGUGUCCCUGGCUACGGCCGGUGACCUCUCAUGCUCAGCUUGGGCCUCGGGGGCUGGGGGCGCUCUGGGGUGGGCUGUGCUGUGCGCUGCAGGAGGUGGAGCAGCCUCUCUGGGCCCCACACACCAGGAGCCAGGAGCAGCCCCACCCAGGGUGUGAGAGCCCCCUGGACAGACAGGAUGGGUAGAUGACACAGAGAUAAAUGGACAGACAGAAUUGGUAGAUGGCAGAUAGAUAGAUAGACAGGUGGAUAGAUAGGUAGACAGGAUGGAUAGAUGAUAGAAGAUAGAUAGAUGACAGAUAGAUGAUUGACAGGUAGAUAGACAGAAUGGGUCGAUGACAGAGAGAUAGAUGGACAGCCAGAAUUGAUAGAUGACAGACCCCGAUUAGUGGAUUAAUCCACUUCAGCUGGGUGGUUCCUGAUUUUCUUGUACUGACCCCACAAACCAGGAGUGGGGGACACCCCGUCUCUCUGUUUGCUCUCUUCGUCUCUCGUCUCUCCGUCUUAUCUCUGUCACCAUCUCCCCGUGCCUGCGUCUCUCACAUCUCUCCUCCUCUCGUCUCUCAUCUCUGUCUCUGUCUCACCCCCCCACACCCACUAGCUCAGGGCUGGAGGGUGGUCAGGGGACCCUCUCCUGCAGGACUCCUCCCCUGGAGGUGACGUUGCAGCCACAGGAGGAGCGCACACCCCAGGAACGCCCUGUCCUCAUCCCCGGCCGCCCUGAGGCUGCAGCCCCCAGCACUCAGUGUGAACCUCACCCACUACCACCCACUCGGGUGCUCCCUGCUCCCCGUGGUGCCCGAGGCUCCGUCCCAUGGACACAGUGAAUUUAAAAGGCUCAGGCUCCACUGGGCGUGGUACCUGCCUGUCAUCCUAGAAGCUCAGGAGGCUGAGGCAGGAGGCUCGCAUGUUCAAAGCCAGCCUCCGCCAAAGCGAGGCCCUGAGCAGCUCAGGGAGACCCUGUGUCUCAAUAAAAUGCAAAACAGGCUGGGGACGGGGCUCAGGGGUCGAGGGCCCCUGAGUUCAGUCCCUGGGACCAAAAAAAAAGGGGGGGGCUCAGCCUCCGGACUCGGGGAGAGGACAAGAAUGGCCUCUGCCCUGGAGCCUCCACAGGGGACCUGGCUGCGAUUGCUGGAUUUUAGCUCAGUAGGUCCCACUGCAGACUUCGUUCCCUUGGUCCCCACAGCCUUGAGGAGCCCAGACAGCUAGACAGGGCCCCGCCUGCGCCCGCGGCCCGGGUGCCAACCGCGAUGUCAAUGUAAGUGACAACGUCGAGAGGGAGGGAAAAAGGUGAGAAAAGAAAAAAAAAAAAAAGAGACUUUUCCAUAAAAUUGAGUGAAAUGCUGCAAUUUAGGUGAAGCUGCUGCGGAGGGGAGAAAUGGCACCUGUGGACUUGAAAGUGUGUCACCAACUCCCCUGCGUGUGCGUCACCCUCAUCUCUGCAGGAUCUGGUUGGAAAGGGACCCCGGGGUGGGCUGUGGGGGGUUCCUGGCCUCCUUUCUGAGCCUCCACCUCGGGGUCCGGGGAGCAGACACUCCCUCCAUGUCACGGAUGCCGUCUCAAGGUGACCUUUGAAGCUGAGGACGUUUGUAAAAUGUCAAGGUCCCUCGGGAGGUGACGCAGGGUGGGAGGUCACAGUGCGGCCUCAGGGCCAAAGGGACCCCGAGGUUGUGGUCAUGCUGGGCUCAGAGGUGGAGACUCAGGGUGACGUGGAGACCGUUUGGUGCUGGACCUUGGGGUUUCGGGGGGAUCCUCCCCACCUCCUGUUUGUGCAUCAAAGAUUAAAGGCCACUCGAUGGCUCCGUUGUCUGCACCAGGGUCUCAGGACCUGGUCGCUGUGGACGCUUGGGGCUGGUGGGGGCUGGGUGCUGUAGGAUGGGGAGCCACUCCCUGAGCUGUGCCCGCUGGCCGCCAGGACCUGCCACCAGAGUUCCUGCAGAUGGGGACGUAUGUCCUCCAAGGGACAGGGCACUGUCACAGAUUGAUAAGUGAUGGAGAGAGAUGACAGGCAGGAGACGGGCAGACGGAUUAGACGGCAGACAGAGAGAUAGAUGAAUGGGUGGUUGGGGGGACAGAUGGGUGGACGGAUAGAUGGACAGGUGGAUGCGUGGGUGGAUGGGUGGGUGGAUGGAUGGGAGGAUGGAUGGAUGGGUGGAUGGGUGGAUAGAUGGAUGGAUGGGUGGAUGGAGGGAUGGAUGGGUGGA